AUGCCUGCUCCGUUGAACUCGUCUCAUCCGGGUGCCUUUGUGUCUGGUAUGCUGCUCCGUGUGUCCUACGUAGAAAGAUUCGUUCCUAACGUUCAAGACACUAUCGAGAAAUUUAUUCAUGAAGCCGAGGCCAGAUUUAUUGAGGCCAUUAAUUCCCUCCAGGCGGCCAAAAACAGCCUUCAAUUGAUCGGUCCUCUCUCGGGGAUGCCAGGUACCCUCCUCUCCGCUCAAGAGAGACAUAGUGGCUUGGUGAUGGGUCAUAGACAGUUGAGAAGCUCUGCGGAGGGUCAGUCGUGA